GGAGGCGUGGUGGACUGGGGGGCGCAGGCUGCGGGUUUUCUGGGUACCGGCGCUUCUGCAUCCUCACCGCCGCACACAUCGCCGAUUCUGCUCCAGCUGCUCUGUGGCAGCCCCGCGCGACCGGUCGUGACCAGAUCCACUCGUGACCAGAUCCAGCUUGCAGCUCAGCUUUGUUCACUCGAGCAGCGGCCAGCGCGGAGCAAACAUGCAGCGGCUCCGGGGUAUUUUGCUGUGUAUGCUGCUGGCAGCGGCGGUCCCCACUGCCCCUGCUCCUGCCCCGACGGCCACUUGGACGCCGGCGGAGCCAGGCCCGGCUCUCAACUACCCUCAGGAGGAAGCUACGCUCAAUGAGAUGUUUCGAGAGGUGGAGGAACUGAUGGAAGACACUCAGCACAAACUGCGCAGCGCGGUGGAGGAGAUGGAGGCGGAAGAAGCAGCUGCUAGAACGUCCUCUGAGGUGAACCUGGCAAGCUUACCUGCCAACUAUCACAACGAGACCAACACAGACACCAGGGAGGGAAAUAACACAGUCCAUGUGCACCGGGAAGUUCACAAGAUAACCAACAACCAGAGUGGACAGAUGGUCUUUUCUCAGACAGUCAUUACAUCUGUAGGGGAUGAAGAAGGCAAGAGGAGCCAUGAAUGUAUCAUUGAUGAGGACUGUGGGCCCACCAGGUACUGCCAGUUCUCCAGCUUCAAGUACACCUGCCAGCCGUGCCGAGACCAGCAGAUGCUAUGCACCCGAGACAGUGAGUGCUGUGGAGACCAGCUGUGUGCCUGGGGUCACUGCACCCAAAAGGCCACCAAAGGUAGCAAUGGGACCAUUUGUGACAACCAGAGGGAUUGCCAGCCUGGCCUGUGUUGUGCUUUCCAAAGAGGCCUGCUGUUUCCUGUGUGCACACCCCUGCCCAUGGAGGGGGAACUCUGCCAUGACCCCACUAGCCAGCUGCUGGACCUCAUCACCUGGGAACUGGAGCCUGAAGGCGCUUUGGACCGAUGCCCCUGUGCCAGUGGCCUCCUCUGCCAGCCACACAGCCACAGCCUGGUGUAUAUGUGCAAGCCAGCCUUUGUGGGCAGCCGUGACCACAGUGAGGAGAGCCAGCUGCCCAGGGAGGCCCCAGAUGAGUAUGAAGAUGUUGGCUUCAUAGGGGAAGUGCGUCAGGAGCUGGAAGACCUGGAGCGGAGCCUGGCCCAGGAGAUGGCAUUUGAGGGGCCCUCCCCUGUGGAGUCACUAGGAGGAGAGGAGGAGAUUUAGACCCAGACCCAGCUGAGUCACUGGUAGAUGUGCAAUAGAAAUGGCUAAUUUAUUUUCCCAGGAGUGUCCCUAGGUGUGGAAUGGCCACAGCUCCUUCCCAGUAGAUUUUCCUCUGGCUUGACAAGGUACAGUGCAGUGCGUUUCUUCCUGCUGCCCCAUUUCUCUGACUUGGGAAAGACAGGCAUGGCGUGUAAGGGCACCAGUGAGCUGUCCCACAUUGCUCAUAGUCAUGCUGCCUUGUUCUUCAUGGACUGAAGAUUUGUUUGAAGGGAGAGGAUGGGAAGGGGUGGAGUCUGCCCAUGAUGGGUUUGGGGAUACAAGGAGGAGGGUGCCUGCCUUGCAAACGUGGACUUGGCAAAAUAUAGCCAUUGCUUUUGUCCUGCGCCCCUCCCAUGGGCUGAGACAGUGGCUACCCCGGAGCGAUGCUGCUCUUGUGGCCUCUCACACAUUCAUCCCUGUGUUUCAGCUCCUACCUCACUGUCAGCACAGCCCGUCAUAGCCACACUCCCUCCUUCUCACCAUAGCCUGGGAGGGGAGCAGAAUGGGUUUCUCUCCAAACUCCAUGUUCUCUCUCAACCCCACACCAGCCUCGGUGCCAUCAAUAGUCCUUCCAAAUGGAGGGGAGUGAAAUCCUUUGGUUUCUAUCUUUUCCUCCUCCAAGGCACUAAGUCAGGCUGGUUUGCUUGUCACUAAGGUUAGUAGCAGUGUGGCGGACAUUGUCCUCCACCGUCUGCUUCAAUACCCCUGAUAGCCAGUGUUUGGAGUGCAGUUUAUGUAAAUUAAUUUGCAGGAAAUAUACUUGGGUAUAUUGUAGGGCCAAGAUUGUGAAUGGAAUUUGCAAAGUCGCUUAGCAACAAUGGAAAGCCUUUUCUCAAUCACAAGAGAAAUCAAAACCAAGCCAGGCUGUGUAAAGUACAGCUGUGACAUCCAGACAGAAGGCUGGGCUGGAUGUCAGGCCUCAGACGACGGUUUCAGGUGCCAGGAACUAUUUCCAUUCUGUAUUUAUCCAGAGUUAUUAAAAGUUAAAGUUGCACACAGUUGUAUAAGCAUGCUUUUUUCCUGAGUUUUAAAUUAUGUAUACAUAAACAUGUUGCCCUCAAAGAUCAUGUAUAAAUCACUACUCUUUAGUAAUUCUUGGACUUUUCUCUUUGAUUUUCUAUAAAUAUAAAUUCCCUUCAUGCAAAAAAGUAUAAAAUAAAAUAAAACAAUUUCUAGUAUAAAGAGACAAAAAAAAUUCCAUAGAAGCAGAUUUUCCAGGCAUCUGCAGUUCACCUCUUUUAGAACUGGAAUAUGUUGGAACUCUUAUCCUUGUCUGGAUGGGAAUUAGUUUUAACAGAGAAAAUACUUUACCCUCUCCUGAAAGAACAAAUGGAAUCUAUGAGUCCUCUUCUGGAGGCUCUUUCUAAUCCAAUGCAGUUCUGGGACUGUGCUGGCUACAUUGUGACUGUAACAAAACUUAUAAUGAACUUAUAUCUUUUUUUAAAAGGGUUAAUUGGGUUCACCAUUUCAGGUUUCAGUCAUGAUCCUAUGGUGUGGAAACCAUGAAGAGGCAGCACGACAUGGCAGGGGCCUGUGGUAGAGUCAAGCUGCUCCCUUUCUGGCUGAAAGAGGAGAGAGGGCAGUGUGCAGUCUUGUCCAGGGCACAUCCUCCCCCACCCCCACCCCCUGGGAUCUGGGCACUCUCACAAGGACCCACCCCUUAAAGGUGGAAAGCGCUGCAGCUUUGGUUUUAGUUACUCUUCUGGGUGCCAUGAUCAAACACUUAACAAGAAGCAGCUUGAGGGAUGAGGGUUUCUUUUGGCUCCUGGUUUAAGCAGGGAGUCCCUCAUGGCAGGGAGGUAUGGGGUCAGAGUGUGGGGCUGCUUCCCUCAGUAUGGAGGAACAGGAAGCAAAGAAAGUGCAAUGUAGAACCCAGCAUUCUCCCUCUUUCCCUUUUUAUUUAUUCUGGGACCUCAACCCUUGGAGUGGUGCCAGGCACACUAAGGUGAAUUUCCUUUCCUCAGAACCCUCUGGAAACUCUUGGCCUCAUAGACAUGUGCAGAGAGAGGUGUGUCACCUAAAUAGUUCAAAUCCAUUCGGUUCCAAGACAUGGAAGCGCUAUGUACUAACUCUUCCACGUAGCACCAAGUACCUCCUAAAAGUUUUCAAAUCUCAUAUGAAGAUAUCACAGUAAAGAGAUGUAAACACUUAGAAAAACAAUAAAUGUAAUUGAUGAAGUCA